CGCUUGGCGAGGUGAAGAUCUCGUCGUGCAAAUAUGAAGUUCAUCUGCCUUGUAUCAUUCUGCUUUGUGAAUACGGUCCUGAUAUAUACGACCACAGACGGCGCGAGCAUUCAUCACAAGAAACACGAAGACGAAGUGUUCACAGCAGACAUCCGUGUCCAUGGAAACCCGCGUCUCCAUGACGAACUCGUCAUACACGUGACGACAGAUAAGCACGAGCAUCAAGUGACAGUGAGCCGAGUGACUCAUUCCGUCUUUGAUCAUGACACAGAAGGAUUCGUCGUCUCGGGCGAUGAUGAGGGAAAUACAGUUUUCGACAUGCACAAAUUACCGGGCCAUGUUCAGGAUCAUGCCAAACAGUUCUUCAGCGACAUCAACGACGGCACAAUCAUCAGCGUCAUCCACGGCAGCAAGGGAGACGUGCACGUGGAGGGCAUUUUGAACCACAUCUACAUCAUCGCUCCGCCCGGGUCCCAGAGACGUCAUCGACGAGCCUUGAAACCAGACAGCCACACCCUGUACAAACAGAACAACACACGUGAACGUUCUCCAGACUUCCUAGAAGUUCCAAAGAUCUUCCUGGACAAGUCUAGAUGGGUCGGGUCGUUCACCCAAAAGCCGACGGCACAACCAUGGUCCAUCCACAGAAAAUAUUUUGGAAAUUUUCUUCCUACUCCGCGUCUGGCUCCUGUCAUCGGUUCAAGGUCAUUACAUGGUCUCCAACAGGGCAACUUCCGCCCUGUCCCAAACACCAACCCACAUUCUGCUGUUGGCGCUUCCCCUCGCCCCAGACGCAGACGACAGUCGUCACGUGAUCCAGCUGUUGCUGAAGUGUUGGUGAUCAUCGACAAGGAGAUGUUCAAGAGCUUCAACUUCAGUAUGACCGAGCUGGGCCUGUUUCUUCUGCACUUCUGGCAUGCGGUCGACUUCAAGUUUCGUACUCUCCCCGACCCCCAGAUCAGACUGAAAGUGAGACAAUAUGGAGCGUUUCAGUUCGGCCAGUACCAGCCGUUUAUAGAGGAGAGCCGGAUUGACCAGACCUCCAAGCAGAUCUCACUGUACGACACUCUCACGGCCUUCAGGAACUGGAUGAAGAAAUACGAGAGCAACACAAACUUUGUCAGGCACGACAUAGCCGUGCUGCAGACAGGCGAGGACCUGUGUGAGAAGAAGGACAAAGGCGAAUGCUCCAAACAGACUUCCGGAAUUGGUUUCGUGGGCGGCGCGUGCAUCUCCGCGCGGAAGUUCCCCGGCUACACAUAUGACGUGGCCAUCAGCGAGGUCGGCAAGAGCUUCAAGGGCGUGCUGGUGACAGUUCACGAGAUCGGGCACCUACUGGGUUCACAUCACGACGGCGAGGGUAACAGCAAGGCUUGUUCCAGCAAAUCCGGCUACGUGAUGAGCUACCAGAGGGACAACGCCUUCAACUUCAGCCGCUUCUCGGACUGCUCCAAGACCAGCAUCAAACACUUCCUGAGCAGCACGUGGUACUCCCAGUGUCUGCGGGAGACGUCCAGUGACGGGUACGACUUCCCCAGCACGCUGCCAGGACAGUACAUGACCAUCGAGGACCAGUGUCGCUACUACGUGGACGGGACGCCAUGCUCAGAGAGGGCCUACCCGCUGUCAGAGCGAUGUGAGCGGCUAUGCUGUGAGGCCAAAGGUUACAGGAUCAAGCGGCGGGAACCGGCUGUAGAUGGCACGGACUGCGGAGGAGACAAUGUGUGUUACAAUGGGGAGUGCGUACCGAAGACUGACAUAAGGCCUUAAUGGCUGGAGAUUGCUAUACACAAGAAAAGAAGAAGAAAAAUCAUUAGCUGUACGGUUAAUUCUUUCAUAAAAAUGAAUAUUUAAAGGCAUAUUUGCUUAUGUUCGCUUAUUUCUAGUACCUGUGAUUUGUAUAUUUGUAUUUACCUGUUCCAAUUAUCUUAAAAAUGCAGUUAUUAUUAAUACAAUCAAAAUAUUUCAUUUUAAUGAUAUUACUGUAAUACUAUUUACGUGACCUAUACAUAGAUAUUUGUUUAGUUUGGCCACACAUUAUCGAAAAUGAGAACAUUGUAAAUUAAAGAUAUAUUAAGUCAUAGAUCAAGAGAUUUUUUAUUGAUAUUGUCCUUCAUGAUUCCCCAAAUAUUUUCAAUUGGGUUCCGGUCCAGACUGUAGCUGGACCAUUCCAGGAGUGUAACAUUAAACCAUUGAACCAUUUCUGAGAAUGCUUUAAUUUUCUCUAUGUUUUGGAUCAUUGUCCUUCUGAAAUACCCAUCAAUCAACAUACAAGAUGUGUGCUGUUGGAAGGAGAUGUCCUUGUAUAAUAUCACUGUAUAUUUUACUGGUCAUGUUACAUUCCAACACCUGUUUCUGUACCUUUGGUCCACAUUUUUAAGCAGAUUGCAUUUAGACACAAUGAGCUUUCAUCUGAGAACAUAACAUUGUCCCUACUGAAAUUUCUAUUCUCCAAACUCCAGUUCAAACGUCGCUCAGGUUUUAGAAAUGGUGAUGGAAUUCCUCGUGAUUUCUGCUAUUCCAUUGCAUGCAAAUGCGUUCUUAUUGUCUCUUUAGAAACAUGAACUGUUCUCCUAGUAAUCAUUUCAUGCCUAAUAUUUUCUAUGCUAUGCGCCUGUUUUUAGACGCUAAUUUACCAAGUCUUUCUAUGGCCUACCUGCUCCCUUUUUGUGCUCAAUUCCAUUUACACUAUCAUUAUUCUUCAAAACACAGUACACAGUUGAUAGUGGAAUGUAUGUUCUCUCUGUAAUGACGUGUGUGCUGAUAAGUCCUUGAUUGUAUAAUACAAAUUGUUAUAUACUUUAGUGUGACAUACUGAGUUUUCCAAAGUUGAGAAAGGAGAUAUUUUCAUUGCAGUGAACAUUACACAUGAUAUUUCAUUACUGUGAACAUAACACUUUCACGGAACUUUUGUCAUACAAGAGUUACCUUCCCCCCAAAUUGUCUCCCUUUCUCGUAAGUGUCUGGCCCUUACAAAAACUGUCGACUUCCUUUAUAUGUUCGUUCCACAUUGACAAGGCCAAACGAUGACAGAUAGCCAUUUAUGGAGUUUAAAUCGCUCCCGGCCGUUUGUUAUUCUCUUGAAAUACUUCGAGAUAAACUGUAAAGUUUUCAUAUAACUCGUCAAUCGAGAGUGUUCGUUUCGCAAAGCGCCAUUUUUGUUACUUGACCAGCGUGUAUUCUUUCGCUUCCAACAGCGGUGUCGUAGUUUUCAAGAUUAUUUUUGGUUAAAGUUGAUUUUGUAUUUAAUCUAUCUAUAUGUAUGAUACAGAAUUUUCGUACCCUGAAUAUUGUUUGAUACUUUGCUUUAUAUUUUAAAGAUUUUGCAAACACGAAACUACUUUUUUAGUCGCAAAUACACGGGGUUGUGAACCGUCCGUGUGUUAGGUAGGUAGAAUUAACGUUUCAAGGUUUUACAUUUGUAAUGAAAUAAUUUAAUUAUCCUGUAGACAACUACACAAAAAGUAUAUAAUAAAUAGGAUUUUACAUGUGUCUCGUGAAAUAUGUUUCUCUCAUCUCGUUUCCCCACUCGUGAAAAUAUAUCCUUUCACCCGUCAAUCGAUGAGAGAAACGUGAUACUUCAGUCGACGCAUGAAAUGUCGCUAAUAUAUUCUUUCUUUUUUCCCGAAAGCUGCCAUUUCCAGUGGUCUUGUUUGCCGUCUUCAAGCUUGUCAAACUCCUCACAGCGAUAUCCCGUUCGCAGAGCUCUCUAUACCGCGAGUGUAACGAAGGUGUCACGUGCUGGGGAGGAGCUUGCCAGCUUAUUUUCCAAGGGAGACAACUCUGGUCAUACUUUAUAUACAUGACAAGCGGAGUUGUCUCCCUUGAAUCAAAGUCAGAAUAAUUUCUUCACAAACCUUUGAUCUAGUUAAUAUUGAAGCCGUAAUGGUUUAAAAAUUCUCAAUAAUUUCUGGUCAACCUAUUACCUUUCUUUAACCGAGACUGACAGUCGAUUAUUGAGCAGGGAACAUCCCAUGAUUGUUGUACUUCUUGAGAAGUGUGCACCAACAAUAUCACCUGACAAGAGUCCUUGUAAUCUUUGUGAACAGUUAGCUGUGUUCACGUAAGUUUCAUCACAGCAGUAAAUAGUCUGG